GCCGCAGCCGGAGCUCUUCACCUGCCGGCGCUACGGACAGGCUGCGUUUUGGCCGGAGGGCGGCGGGCUGCGGCGGAACGGGCGGUGGGGCGGGGAGACCCCGAGCCCGUCCCACGCCCUAGCCCACGAGUCCUGUUCUGCCGUGCGUGGCCGUGCAGUUCCGGGACCUCUGCCCUGGGGAGCCGCUUCCUCCUAACCCACCGCCGCCAUGCCGGGCUCACCCGACCGCGCUUCCCUGCCGCUGCUGCUGCUGGGCCUGCCCGGGCUGCUGCCGGCGCGGCCGCCGGGUGGUGACGGGCGGCCUCACUACGAGCCCACCUGGGGCUCGCUGGACACCCGGCCCCUGCCCGCCUGGUUUGACGAGGCGAAGUUUGGCGUCUUCAUCCACUGGGGCGUGUUCUCGGUGCCCAGCUUCGGCAGCGAGUGGUUCUGGUGGUACUGGCAGAAGGAAAAGAGAGCGCCCUAUGUGAAAUUUAUGGAGGCAAAUUACCCACCUGGGUUCAGUUAUGAAGAUUUUGGGCCACUGUUUACAGCAGAAUUCUUUGAUCCCCACCAGUGGGCAGAUAUUUUGAAGGCUUCAGGUGCAAAAUAUGUUGUCUUAACUUCAAAACAUCAUGAAGGCUUUACUUUAUGGGAGUCCAAAUAUUCUUGGAACUGGAAUGCUGUUGAUGUGGGACCGAAACGAGAUCUUGUGGCUGAGCUAGCAACAUCUGUCAGAAACAGGACUGACUUGCAUUUUGGGUUAUACCAUUCCCUGUUCGAAUGGUUUAAUCCUCUCUUCCUUGAGGAUGCCGCCAAUGCCUUUAUGACAAGAAAGUUUCCAACUAGUAAAUCAUUACCAGAACUCUAUGAAAUUGUGACCAAGUACCAACCAGAAAUAAUUUGGUCUGAUGGGAAUGGAAAUGCACCAGAUACUUAUUGGAACAGUACUGGUUUCUUGGCCUGGCUGUAUAAUGACAGUCCAGUCCGGGACACAGUUGUGACCAAUGACCGCUGGGGGGUUGGCAGCAUCUGUACACAUGGUGGCUUCUACACUUGCAGCGACCGGUAUAACCCUGGCCACCUCCUGCCUCACAAGUGGGAGAACUGCAUGACCAUUGACAGCAAGUCGUGGGGGUACAGGAGGAAUGCACAACUAGGAGAUUACCUCACAAUCGAGGAUUUGGUGAAGCAACUUGUAGAAACAGUGUCUUGUGGAGGUAACCUCCUGAUGAAUAUUGGGCCCACUCAUGAUGGUCGCAUCACCGUUGUAUUUGAGGAGCGCCUGAGGCAGAUGGGUGCCUGGCUGAAAGUCAAUGGAGAAGCCAUCUAUGGAACAAAACCAUGGAGAGCACAGAACGACACAUCCACCCCAGGAGUGUGGUACACUUUCAGCCCUAAAGAGGGGAAAGUCAAUGCCAUCUUCCUUGACUGGCCAGUCUCUGGGACUCUGGUACUUGGUGAGCCACGAGCCAAGCUUGGAGAAACAGAGGUGAAGCUGGUUGGCUACGAGGAACUGCUGAAAUGGAUUGCGCUGGGAGAAAAGGGAAUCAUUGUAGCUCUACCUCAGUUAACUCCCAAGCAAUUCCCAUGUCAGUGGGGCUGGACGUUACAGCUGACUGCCAUAAGCUGAGCUGUAUGCUGCUGGAGUCCUGGGCAGCAGGGAAUGACAUCAUUGGUUUCUCUUGACUGACUGCAACAAUCCAAUGAUUUCACUUCUUGAUGAAAGGUGGACUGUUGUUAAAGGGUGGAAUGAACCUCAUGAAAUCUAAAACUAGUUUGAAGCUCUGCCUAUAAUUUGUUUCUUUGAACUUGUGUGAAAAACUGGGCCUUGACCUUGACCUCUCCACUUAGUCAGUUUCUUGCCAAGUUAUGGGAAAUAAGGGAAACCAGGCACUGGAUUUUUAAAGCCAUGAAAAAGAGCAAAGCUAGUUCAAGCCAGCAUUCAAAUGUCAGUUGCUCAGUCAUCUACCUUCUUCAAUGCAAGAAAUCUUAACUUCCACAAAACUGUACAGUAAAAACUGCCUGUUUUAGAGAAAAGAAUAAACUUUCCAGCUGUGUGCAACCAGUGGCAGUUGCAGUUGAGCAGGGUAGUGCAUCUGCAUUACUCUGAAGUAAUUCUAUCCAUUAUUGAAAUACAAGCAAAGUGGGAGGGAUUUUGGCUGUUUUAUAUGGUUAUAAUUUACAUGGUUAAAGCUGACUGUUUACAGCCAUUGUUUUUAACCAGUUACUAGGGUGCCUCCUGUGGACAAUAAGCCAAAACAUGUACUCCAAUGACAAGCUUUUUUAUAAAUGAGAAAUAACCA